AUGCCUCCUACCGGGGCCAGACAGCCGCCUGCGUCUUCUGUCGCACCUCCUACUGGCACCAGCCAACCUUCUUCUUCGUCUGCUGUUCCUGUUCCCACUGCCUCCUCUUUCCUGCCUCCACAUGGCCAAAGACAGCCGCCAGCCACGGCACAGACUGGCUCUGCCUUGCCGAGUAACCCGCAGCCAAAUGGUUGGGUAGGCGAACUUCUACAGACCCCAACGCUACAACGCUUCGUGGAAUUCAACCUAUGCACGACCACUCUUGAUGGCGAAGCGAUCCAUAUGGUUGAACAAGUUCUAGCGGCGAUGACUGCCCGCGGAAGCAUACAAGAGGCAUUGUGGUACCUCGAACAUUUUGACUGGGAUGUUGGGACAGCUGUGGCGCAAUACCAUCAAGACGAAGCUGCACGCAUGCAAGUGAACAGCGCUCAACAUCGUGCCAUGAAUCAGAAUGCGAAUGCCGUCACAAGAUUGACCUACCAUCAUGGCAAUCUUACAUUCCGAGGCACAGAAACCGUUGGCCGCCGCAGUCAUGAUGUGGAAUUUCAAUUCCCCCGGAGCGAUGGAUUCAGCCCAAACAACCCCGACCACCUGCGCGCGCUCAACCAGUGGUUAGGAGACCUUGUGCGACGGUUUAACGGCCCACCAUACGCACCCCCGGCCGAAAGCGCAGAGUACACGGUCUUUGAAGAGAACUUUGUCCGCAGCAUCUUCGCCGACCGUGACUACGCGAACGGCGAGACUCCCGGAUUCCCUCAGAUCGUGGCAGAGUUCAACGCGAUCUUUCAGGGUCGGUAUCUACCAGGCGCGCACACUCCAUGUGGCUCUCGGCAGUCAGGCAGCAUCACCAACCUCGUCGACCGUAGGUGGCGGCUGGACAAGACCCCUGGUCGUCGAACCAACGACUCGAACCGGCGAGCAGCGGAGACUAUCAGACAAACUCGCUUGCAAGAGCAGCAGGCGUACGACAGACUACGUGCCUCCCGCGCCGCGCCGGCUCCUCCCCUUACUGUCGCCCCCGCCCUCGCCUCCGCCGACGACUUUCAGUUCGCGUCGGACCUGUUUGUGCAGCAACACUCUGAGCAGACUGCACCGGGAGGAACUGCCGAGGCCGAAGAUCGCCCCGACUUUUCGGAUUUUGACAUUACCGAUCUACAGCGGAUGGCGGAGCAGGCCUAUGGGCUGGCCAUGAGCAGCGAAGAGCCUGGUCCUGGUGAGGAGGAGGAGGAGGAGGAGGAGGAUCUGUCCGAUGGACAACCGAUCCGGAAGCGCCAGAGGAAGGAGUGA